UUCGUAAAAAUUUUCAUUAUUUUAUGUUUACUUUUUAAUUUUACAAUUCGUUUAGUUUUAAUUGUUUAUAUUGUGUUAAAAGCCGAUAAUUUGUACCGUAUAAAUAGUGGCUGUGUUUGAGUGUAUAUAUUUAAUGAAUCUUUUAAUAACAACGUUUCUGCUGCUACUGGGCUGCAGCGCUGUCAUUAGUGAUGCCCCAGAACCGUCUUAUCGCCUAAGCAAGAAUGUUACACCCAUAUCAUAUGAUAUUUGGCUGAGACCAUAUCUCUUGGCCAGCGAUGGAGAACGCCGAUACACUUAUAUUGGGGACGUCAACAUAACAUUACAAUACAGCAAAGGGCGGGAAAUCACUUUACACAAAAAUAUUGUUGAAAUAACUGCCAUUUAUCUAUACAAAUACAACAACAAUACGCCUGUAGUCAUACAGACAUUUGGUACAAGAGAAUUGACUUACGAGAACAUAACACAAAAGUUAACAGUGUCUUUAAGAGAUGAGCUAAACCAGUACGAAAAAUAUAUGUUACGCUUUGGGUUCAAGGGACAAAUACGCGAUGGCAUGCAAGGCUUUUUCCGCGCCAAUUACACUGACGAAAACAAGAAGGAAAAAUGGAUCGGCGUAACACAAUCCCAGCGUGUCGAUGCACGCAGCAUAUUCCCUUGUUUUGAUGAGCCCGAAUUUAAAGCUACAUUCCGCUUGGAAGUGAGUCGGCCAACCAAAUACAGGACAGUGUUCAAUGCAGAGUUAUUAGAGAGUAUACCAGAUGCUUCCAGCCGUAACCGCUAUUUGGACAUCUUUGCUGCGACACCACCUAUGUCCACAUAUUUAUUUGCAUUUAUGGUUACUGAAUACGCAACAUAUGGCAAUGAUGAUAUUAAAGUAAUUACGCGUGCAGAACAUCAAAAUUAUACACACUUUGCUUACGAAGUGGCAAAGCGAACUUUAAAAGCUUACGACGCAUACACCCAACUGCCAUACAAGCAAUUAGGACUGCCUCAGCUGCAAAUUGCUACAUCACCGAAAUUCCCACAUAAUGGAAUGGAAAACUGGGGUUUAGUUAUUUAUAAAGAGGAAGUGCUAGUACACCUGCCUGACUACAACGAUGGCUGGUUGGACAAAGAGUACACGAUCACCAUAAUUGUGCAUGAGACAGCGCACAUGUGGUUCGGCAAUAGUGUGACAAUGGAGUGGUGGAGUUACUUCUGGUUAAAUGAGGGAUUUGCGCGCUACUAUCAGUACUUCAUGGCGCACCAGCUAUAUCCGGAGUAUCAAUUAGAUCAACAAUUUGUUAUAAAACAAUUGCAUUUGAUAUUUGAAAUAGACGCCACGAACGCUACUCAACCGUUGACCAGUCUGGCUACAAGUGUAAAUAGCCCAGCAGAAAUCGGUGAAAAAUUUAGCAGCAUCACUUAUGUGAAAGGCGCCGCUAUUCUGCGUAUGAUAGCCAAUUUAAUGGGUGUGCAUAAUUUUGAUAACGCCAUACGCGAUUACCUAAGUAAAUAUCAUUUGAAAAACACCAAACCAGAACAGUUAUUUAAACACUUGAAAAACUAUUGGCCUUCCAGGCCGCCAGUUCAUUUAGAACAGUUCUUCUCCGAUUGGACCGAACAAGUCGGAUAUCCGGUGCUGUUAGUCAAUAUCAUUGCUAAAGGUCAAAUCCAUCUAACUCAGAAGCGUUUUUUGUUGGAUCCCCAUGAUGCUAAGACUGACAUACUCACAUAUACUAUACCACUUACAUAUACUACUGACAUGGAACGCAAUUUCGAUAACCUCACAGCACGUUAUUAUAUACAAAAGGACAACGACAUGUCUCUAGUUUUUGACAAACCUUACAAAUGGAUACUCUUCAAUCUACACCAGUCCAAUUAUUAUCGUGUGUUCUAUGAUAAAUCCUUAUUGAGGCUACUUAAAACGGCGCUGUCCACAACAAAUCACAGCGGCAUACCAAUCAUAAAUCGCGCACAGCUGAUCGAUGAUUUAUUCCAUUUCGCACUCGUCGACAUGGUGAGCUACGAUGAGGUAUUUGAGUUUACGGAAUACCUGACAUAUGAAACCGAAUAUUUGCCUUGGCAUGCAUUUUUCACGAACGUGCAACACGUAGCAAAGCGCUUUACAUUGGAACAGCAAAAGUUGUUUAGGAGUUACUUACGAUCUAUUAUGUCUAAUAUAUAUAAGCAUUUGGGCGAAACACGAAGCAAUGACACAGUACUCGACAUUUACAAUCGCAAUAACGUCAUCAACUGGGCAUGUAAAUAUCAUCUGUUCAAUUGUGGUCGGGAAGCAUUUGAGUACUUCACUGAAUUAUUGGGAACCUUUUCUAAGGCGCCAGCAGAUUUUCGUGAAACACUCUACUGUAAUGCUAUAAGGGAUAGCCAACUUUCCUAUUAUGGAACCCUUAACAAAUGGUUCAAUCAUGAGAAAAAGGUUAGUGAAAAACAGAAGCUCAUGCGAGCAAUGAGCUGUACGAAGUUUUUCCAUGAAACACAAUACAUCAGAAUACUCAACGGUGAUAUACCCAAUGAAUAUGCCAGUAUGAGUAUAACGGAAAUGUAUAAACAGAAUUACGAAAAUGUGGAACAUAUCUUAUACAUGGUCACCACUAGUAUUGAACAUUUGGUACUCAGGGUUGGUGGCUGGGCGAACCUUGCUGACUUAAUUAAAGAUCUCGCGAACUACUUAACCACGCCAAAGCAGAAACGAGUACUGGAGGAUUUCGUGGAGGCGCAGGCCUUACAUUUCGGUUCUUCUGUUUCAGUUCUUCAUGAAGCCAUUGCUAACGUCAAAAAUAAUCUUGAGUGGGCGAAUUUGCACCUGCCAAAACUAAUCCAAUACUUAGAAAAGCGAAAUGGUGCUGGAGUAAAGAGCAUAACUGCGAUUUUGCUGAUUUUCGCGAGCGUUGUGCAUAGGUUUCUUUAGGUUUAAAGCUUAUUAAUUUAUUUAGCAAAGUUGGUUGUUAAACUUGUAGAUUUUGAAAAUUGUGUAUUUAAUAAAAAAUUGACGAGUCUAGUGCA